UUAACUUAAAUUAAAAUGCAAGCAAGUUUUAUUUUGCUGUGCCUGGCACUUGCGCCUGUUGUGCUGGCAAAGAAGUUCGCAGAAGAAGAAAAACCGGCGUGGGCCAAGAAGGACAUACGCGACUAUAGUGAAGCUGAUUUGGAACGUCUGCUAGACCAGUGGGAUGAAGAUGAGGAGCCACUAGAGCCGGACGAGCUGCCCGAGCACUUGCGCCCUCAGCCGAAGAUUGAUCUCUCAAAUCUGGACAGCAAGAACCCCGAAGACUUGUUAAAAGUAUCGAAGAAGGGACGCACGCUCAUGACAUUCGUCUCCGUUACCGGCAACCCAACGCGUGAGGAAGGCGAAACUAUUACCAAGCUCUGGCAGACCAGCCUAUGGAAUAACCACAUUCAGGCAGAGAGGUAUAUGGUCGAUGACAACCGUGCCAUCUUUCUCUUCAAAGACGGUGGCCACGCCUGGGAGGCAAAGGACUUCUUGGUCGAACAGGACCGCUGCAAGGGCGUUUCCAUCGAGAACAAGGAAUACCCAGGCAUACACGUAAAGGACGAGCUCUAGACACCGCGCAAGCUGGAACUUACAUUCUCAUUCAACAUAGUCCUUUAAGCACAAAGAUGAACAAAUUUAAAUAAAGUAAAUUAAUUGAAGAGUA